ACUUGCCGCAGCUUAAGUGGGACAAAUGAAGUUCAUUUUCCACAGCUGGUGAUGGCGGAUGUUGUUGAUAAAGACACCAUGAAGAAUUACCACAUAGCGUCUGAGAAAAUUAACCCAGAGACCAGUCGCUAUCCUUACUGUAUUGUGUGGACGCCUAUCCCCGUGUUAUCAUGGCUGCUUCCAUUCAUUGGCCACAUGGGAAUCUGCACUUCCACUGGCGUCAUCCGGGACUUUGCUGGACCGUACUUUGUCUCAGAAGACAACAUGGCUUUUGGAAGACCAACAAAGUACUGGAUGCUUGACGUUAGCAAAGUCUACGCCAGUGGCUCCAAUGCCUGGGACACAGCAGUGCACGACGCUUCAGAGGAAUAUAAGCACAGGAUGCACAACCUCUGCUGUGACAACUGUCACUCGCAUGUCGCCAUGGCUCUGAAUCUGAUGCGAUAUGAAAACAGCACCUCGUGGAACAUGGUCAACCUCUGCCUCCUCGCUCUGAUCCACGGAAAACACGUCAGCUGUGCAGGCUUCCUGAAGACCUGGCUGCCUUUCCUGAUGCUGAUGGGCAUCAUCCUCACGGUGGCCCUGACCCUUAACCUGCGGUGACCUGCGAGGCAGGUCGAGGACACAGUGGGAAUCCCCGCGGGUCGCAUGUGGGGUUGACCUUUUUAAGACGACAACAACAACAACAAAAAACGGGGGGGGGGCAUCACACGGUGUCGAGCAAAAGCAGCAGAGGAGACGGAAGAUGGACUCUUCUCCUCCGAGAGGAAAUCAUUGAACAGGAAAUAUCCAACACAUGCUUGGUUUGUGGAAAGCAGGCAGCCUCUUACUGGCAGUGCUCCAGUGGUGAAACUGGAAUGGCCUAGGGACGGAAAUUCAUUCAUAUUCAGUCAUUUAUUUGGAAGGAAAGUGACUGAGCACACACCACCACACAAACACACUUAAUGGAUUAUGAUUAUUGGAAGCCUAACAGCAGGUUUAAGCCAUUGCCACCUGCAACGUGUAGAAGUCGUGUAGCUGUAUUAAUGGUCGAAUCGAGUCGAACGCUCUGAGGAAAACACAUCCAUGCCUUGCUUUCAGAUUUCGGUGACCUUACUUUGUAAUGGAUUGGGAGUUUUACUCCCAUGAUUCAGUGCUUCCAGAAUGCCAUUUUUUAUACCAGGGAGCACAAACAUGUUAAAUCAAUUAGAUGCCUUUCUAGGGAAUUUACUGCACUUCAUGCUUGAUCUAAUGUAGCUCUUAAACUCAAAUAUGCCAGAGCAGUUUGUAUUUUUGUGCGUUUUCAUACUCGUAUUCGGUAACUUAACUGUGUAGGAUAGCAACAAGUCUGCAUCUUCUAAACAGAAAUAUUUUCUCAGAGAUACGAUUGUACAUUGCAUUAUCACCUCACGGUACUACUUCAGUAGGUUUACGAUGAACGUUUUCAUACCUUUUAACUACGGGAUCAUCAGUGCAACGAUUGUAGCAACCUCAAUGAACGUGCGCUGUGGAGAAACAGACCAGUGGAGCUCCUCCUGUUUGGUUUUCUAUACUUGUGCCAAAUGUAGGAGAAAAGGAGACCAACUCAAACUGUGUCCUUUAUAAAAAUAUCAAACUUGUUCAUUGUUGACUCUGAAGUUAGUGAACGGAAAGCCUGGUCUGAUGUUUUUGUUUAGUUUUUCACUCCUAAGUUUGACUUUAUGGGAAGAAGCAAGAGUCAGUGCCUAAAAAUAACCUCACUCACGGAUCCCUUAUAUUUUAAAAGUUAAUUCCACACGGUGGUUGGCACUCGAAAUCCGUUGCCAUGGCCGUCCUGAGUAAAUUCAAAUCCCCUCAUUGUUUGCAAUCAAACAGGGAGAAAAAAAAAAGUGUUGAGCCCUCUCUUUUGUCCGCGGCGCUGCCAGAAGCAGCAGGUAGCCAGGAUCCUCAGGUUUUUCACACUCGCCAAAACCCCCCUCACUUUCCCCCCCAACAGCGUCUUCCCCCUGCUGUUUUCCACCUCUGCAGAUCAGAGUCGAAGGUCAUCGUGAAAUGUCAGCGCUGUUUCACAAAGCUUUGAUAUACACGCCGGCCAACAUCCUGCAAUAAUCCAACGUAGAUGUCGUUUUAAAGUGUGAGCUUUCUAAAUUAAAAUCAGUUUAAUGCGUUCACACUAGGGCUAACACAGUGCCAGUUUUCUAGACUUUGCUCUCUCCUCAUCGGGCUUCUGUUGGAAGCAGAUCUUCUGUGACCUCUCGUGUGUGUGUGUUUCACCCAUGUUGCCUGUAAAUAUUUAAACACAUUAUACUGUACACCAGGUGCUCUUUAUAUACUUUGCAAACUUGAUCGCUCACUCUACAGGUUAUGAAUAAUUUACUGUCAUUUUUGUUUCUCUUUACUCCACUCCUGCAUAUCAUCUCUGCUCGCCAGCAGAGCAGAUCUGUGCCUGAACGUGUGUGUGUGUGUGAAAGAGAGAGAGAGCAUGUGCUUGCAUGCCAGCAUGUGUGUGUGUGUGUGUGUGUCGCAUGCAUGCAUUGCAAAAAUACGAGUGUUUGAGAGAGGAAGUUGACGUUUGACUCAUGCUGUGGCUUCUUGAUUAACAAUCAGCUGCAUUUCACCGCAGCUAACUGCCCAGUGAUUGUUUUCUACAUUUAUUACUCCACAUUUAAUCUUCUAAGUUUAACGUGAUUGCCGGUAAUCCAUAGCAAGAAUAAAUAAUCAAAUUAGACCUCAAGCAGGCCUGCUUAAGUUCACGUUGAUUUGAUACGAUAGCCUAUACUGUAUCGUGUGUAGCUACAGAUUCUGUAGAUUAGAGCUGCAGAGUUGUUUCCUCAUUAAAACGAGGAAAGAAACGCCCUUCAUUUGAACUGUGUCUAUAAAACACAAUAUUCGGGCGAUAUUUUAAACCUUUUUACUGUGACGCUUUUUUUUUUUUUUUUUUAAGCCAUGUCAAAAGUCUGAAAUAUGACUUUAUGCUCAAAUAGUCUCAAAUAUUUGAAGGAAAUCUGGAUGCAAGCAAAGCAGACUGGUAGCCCUGCUCUCACUGUGAUGUUACUAAAAAGUAGCAUGUACUUGUGUACAAGAAAUCUGGGAAUAUUGCAGCGACGUUUUACCUCUGUGUCCAAACUUAGCGAACGUGGCUGGAAAGUACCUAUAGAAAGGAGCAGAAAAGUGACUCUGGGUCUCUGUAAUUGCGCUAAAUGUCGGAAAAUGGGAGACGAUCUGUAACCCUUUUUGAAUAUGUCGCUUGUUUUCUUUUAGUGAAACAGCUCAUUCAUUAUAUUUCGAGCUACUGAAGGUAAUGAAUGAAUGAAUGGCCCUUUUGAGAUCAGUGGAUGAAACUCACAACAUUGUCAUUAUUACUGCUUUUGGCAUAAAAAGAAAUUGCUAUAUAUAUAUAUAUAUCUAAGAUAAAUGGUAGACCAAUCCUUUUUAAUGGAGUGCAUGUGCAGGAAUGCAAUAUUCAGUGGAGAUCAUUUGAAUGGUUUUAGAUGUUGCCUGCUGCGGUGCCUUGUUGUAUCCAAGAGCCAGGUCCAGGAAUGUGGAGACCUGUGGUCCUGGCGAUUCAGUCCAUUGACAAAAGACGGUCAGGAUGCUAUUAUUAUUAUUAUUAGUGUCACUAUCCAUAUAUACUUAUACAAUUUCCAAAACCUCCUCUCUCUCUCUCUCUCUCUCUCUUUCUCUUUCUCUUUCUUUUGUUUCUCUAAUCCUUAAAAAUAUCUUUUUAUGCUGCAGAUCAUAAUAGCCCACAGGGGGAAUUUUAAAGACUCCUGCAAGUGACUGUGUGAACUCUGAAUGUGUUUAUGACUUAACAGCUAUAAUACCAAUAAAGAUGUCUAUUAUUGUA